AUGAUGCGACUGUCAAACUAUCCGAUUCCGGAACCAGCCGACCCUUAUUUCGGUACAAAUAUGCGCAAUUUACAGAAAUUCCUUGACCACAACGCAAAUGUUGCAGAUAAGGAAAAUGCCAUCGGAUCUCUUUCAGCUGCCGAGUUUGAACAAAUAUUGCUAAACAAUCUGGAUCGCACUCAGCUAAAAGAAGAACUAACGAACCGAUGUUUUGCUGUACAACUGUCCAAUCAUUGUCGAAUUCGUUUAUUAACGGAUAUGUAUCAACAGCGUCAGAGCAAAGUGCUCUUACAGAACUUGCCAUCAUCUCCCGUGGUGCAACAGAUUGAAGAGAUGUCGGAAUUCGAAGUGAGUUUGGAUUAUCCACGGACUCUUCCACUCCGGGAACACACAGUACUAAUGUUUCGAUUGUUAAAAAUGGAUUUCUAA